CAGGAAAGGAGGAGCUUUUCUCUGGCAACAGAAAGUGAAACUUAACAUUCACACAUCAAGGGGAGAAAUGGCGCAGCAAAUUAUUCAGCUGGAUCGAGAAAAACUGAGCUGUUCAAUCUGUUUGGACCUGCUGAAGGAUCCAGUCACUAUUCCCUGUGGACACAGCUACUGCUUGGGCUGCAUUAAAAACUACUGGGAUGAGGAGAAGAAAGCACACAGCUGCCCUCAGUGCAGGCAAAGCUUCACACCAAGGCCAGUUCUGGUAAAAAAUACCAUCUUAGUGGAGCUGGUGGAUGAACUAAAGAAAGCAGAGCUUCAACAUCCUUCACCUGGUCAUUCGUAUGAUGGACCUGGAGAUGUGGCCUGUGAUUUCUGUACCGGGGGGAAUCUGAAAGUCAUCAUGUCCUGUCUGAUUUGUAUGGCUUCGUACUGUGAGCUGCACCUCCAGCCUCACUACAACAUAGCUCCAUUAAAGAAGCACAAGCUGAUCAAAGCCACUUCAAAGCUUCAGGACAACAUCUGCAGUCGCCAUGACGAGGUGAUGAAGAUUUUCUGCCGCACUGAUCAGAAAUGCAUCUGUUAUCUCUGCUCUUUGGACGAGCAUAAAGGCCAUGAUACAGUCUCAGCUGCAACAGAAAGAGCUGAAAGGCAGACGGAGCUCGAGGUGAGUCGGCAAAAAAUCCAACAGAGGUUUCACGACAGAGAGAAAGAUGUGAAAGUACUUCAGCAAGAGGUGGAGGCCAUCAAUCUGUCUGCUGAUAAAGUUGUAAAAGAGAGUCAGAAGUUCUUCAAAGACUUGAUCAGUCUCAUUGAGAUACAAAGCUCAGAAGUGAAGCAGAAAAUCAGAUCCCAGCAGGAAGCCGAAGUUAGUCGAGCUGAAGAACUUCAGAAGAAGAUGCAGCAGGAGAUCACUGAGUUAAAAAGGAAAGAUGCUGAACUGGAGCAGCUCUCAUCAACAGAAGACCAUCUCCAUUUUCUAAACAGCUACCCAUCACUGUCACAUCUAAGUGACAGUACAGACUUACCCAGGACUCACCACACUCUCCGAUACUUUGAGGAAGUAGCUGCAGCUGUGUCAGAGGCCAGAGAUACGCUGCAGAAGGCUCUGAGUGAAGAAUGCUGGAAAAUCUCAGGUGCAGUAAAACAUGCAGAAGUUUUGUUGAGUCAAGGAGAGCCAGAUACCAGAGAAGAAUUUCAGAAAUAUUACUCUGAAAUCACACUGGAUCCAAAUACUGUGAAUACACGUUUAUUGUUGAACGAUACAAACAGAAAAGCAACAAAAGGAUUAAAGGACCAGUUUUAUCCAAGUCACUCGGACAGAUUUGUUGAAUGGUGGCAGGUCCUGAGUGUGACGGGUCUGAGUGGACGUUGCUAUUGGGAGAUGAAGUGGAGUGGGAAAGUUAUAGUGGCAGUUGCAUACAAGGAUAUCAGCCGUGCUGGGACCAGGGAUGAAUGUGGACUAGGACUAAAUGAUAAGUCUUGGGCAUUGACGUGUUCAACCACUGGUUAUGAAUUCAGACAUAACAACAUUUCCACUUCCAUCUCAGGUCCCAAGUCCUGCAGAAUAGGGGUGUAUUUGGAUCACAGAGCAGGUAUUCUGUCUUUCUACAGCAUCUCUGACACAAUGACUCUCCUCCACAAAGUUCAGACCAGGUUCACUCAGCCGCUCUAUCCUGGAUUCUGGCUUCCACAGAGUCGUGGAGACACUGUUGAGUUGUGCGAUUUAAAAUAAACAAGAGUGAUUAAUCUAUGUUGUUGUUGUUGUUAUGAGCAAAAGUCAGUUGGUUCUAAUAAUCAGAUAGUUAUUUAUAGCUGUAUACAGAUGUGGAUUUAAGUUUGUUACUUUGGACACUGUCAUAUGGCCAAAUGAUUUUAACACAAUUCAAAAAUGUGAUUUUAGUUUAAUCACAUAUUCAUUUACUUAAAUUAACCUUUUGGUACCUGGAUACACUGAAUACUUUUAUCUCAUGAGCAUAAAGAGAAUUUACUGUAAAGCUGCUGUUGGUUAAACAAUUUUUUAAGGAUGAAUUUAAUCAUCCGCAGUAGUAAUAAUUUUAUGGAAUUACUUGUUCGAAUAAAGUUUUAGACAUCCAACAAAUGAGUAAAGUAAAAAGUAAUAAUUUCCCCUUUUCUGAUUAAUAUUCACAUAAUAUAGAUGUAACACUUCAUUAGUUGACAUCUUUCAUUAACACAAUGUUUUUGUAUCACUGAUUUCCUGAAAUGUUUGAGUGAUCAUCUCUAAAUGUGUUUUAUUUGCAAUCGUUUCCAGAAAAAGAUUAAAUGUAUUCAUCCAUUUUCUAUAAUAUAGCUGCUUGCUUUCAUUCAUAAAUUGAAAUCUUUUGUGAAAAAUUACAUUCCUUUUUUUAAAUGUUUAACUAUGGCUAAGAAAUUAAUCAAAUGUGGACAAACUUUUGUUAAACUGUCAAUUUAGACAUGGAUCAAUAAAGUUUGGUGUUUAUGUGGUACUGAAGUGAAAAGCUGUGUGCCAGGGUUUGAGCUAAACUAUUAAAUUAUAUGUAAGUUCUGUAAUGAUGGUAUGUAUUUUUAAAAAUUCUAUUAAAAGUUCUUUUUUCAGUUUAAAUGGUCCAAAUUCAUACUUCCA